AAUUGGUAGUUGCCUAUAUGUUUACAGUCUUUGCACAAGUUUGCUAUCCUGUUUAGGAAGUUUUGCAGCAGCAGGAGUUUAUAUUUUUGCAUAUAUGGAGUAGAGAAACACAUUGUUCAACUCAUUUUCUUAGCUACUAAGUAUUUACACAUCUCCCCUGAAAUAUAAAUGAAGUUUUCUCAACUUUGAGUUUGGUAGUAUUAUCUUUUUGUGUUCUUAGGUUUAGACAGUGAUCUAGUUUGUUUUAUUACUUCAUCUCAAGGCAGAGAAAACAACAAUGAAGAAGAAGGGGAUGAACAAGCAUAUUAAGAGGUUGGUGACGGCCAUCGUUGUUGUUGAAGUUUUCAGUGUAUCCCUCUUUCUAAUUCCUAAUGAAUAUUUAGGAGAUUUCCUUAAAAGUUAUCGUAAUGGGUUUGAGUUCGGGUUCCAUUCAGCUACUGGUGGCAUAUGUACUCGAGGACGCGAUUCAGAACGUCUAGCUGAUUCUACAUUGCUAAAGGAUGCUGAAGGUGGCAGAUCUACUCCAGUACGUGAUUCAGAAAGUGUAGAUGAUGCUACUACAUUUCCAGAGGAUGAUGAAGGUGUUAUAAGAUUGUUUGAAAGUCAGCCAGAAAUGCAUUCUAACUCAACAGCAAUUGUAGAUUAUGUGAAAGCCUUGGUGAGAGUUGGUAGGCUUGAGGAAAGUGAAUUGUUCAAGACAGUACUAGAAAAAGGUACAUCCAGUGCCUCGACGGAGCAAGAUCCAGAUUAUCUUGGAACUGCUAGGGAUCCUUUUCACAUGGUGAUAGUAGACCAAUGGAUAUCCAAAGAGAAGUUAUUUGGUGCUUUCAUCAACAUUAUACUGGCAAUCCUCCUUCUUGGAGCAAUUUUUGGAGAAGGCAAUAUUCUUAAAGUUUUUGGAUUAAGUCAGGAGAUCCAACCCAGCACGUCCACUACGAAAUUUAAUGAUGUUAAGGGAGUUGAUGAGGCCAAAGCUGAGCUAGAAGAAAUUGUCCUUUAUCUUCGUGAUCCCAAGCGGUUCACAAGUCUAGGAGGUAAGCUUCCUAAGGGGGUGUUACUUUCUGGUCCAGCUGGGACAGGUAAAACCAUGUUAGCAAGAGCCAUUGCAGGAGAAGCAGGAGUACCAUUCUUUACCAAAAGCGGGAGUGAGUUUGAGGAAAUGCUUGUUGGUGUGGGUGCAAGAAGAGUGAGGGAUCUAUUUGCUGCAGCAAAGAAGCGCUCUCCAUGUAUUAUUUUCAUUGAUGAGAUAGAUACAUUUGGAGGCCGCCGUGACUCCAAAGAUCUGAAACGUUCGCAGACUACCUUAAAUCAGUUUCUUGUCGAGCUUGAUGGCUUUAAACAAAAUGACGGAAUUAUUGUGAUUGCUGCAACCAACUUCCCUCACUCUUUGGAUAAAGCACUUGUUAGACCUGGCCGUUUUGAUCAUAACAUUGUCGUUCCCAAUCCAGAUGUUGAAGGACGAAGACAGAUAAUGGAAUCUCACAUGUCAAAGGUUCUCAAAGGAGGAGAUAUUGAUCUAACUAUUAUUGCCAGAGGAACACCUGGGUUCUCAGGUGCAGAUCUUGCAAAUAUGGUGAACGUCGCAGCUCUCAAAGCCGCAAAGGAUGGUUCUAAAGCAGUGAGCAUGACUGACUUGGAGUAUGCAAAGGAUAAGAUUAUAAUGGGAAGUGAGCGCAAAUCAGCUGUGAUUUCUGACGAAACUCGAAAAUUAACAGCUUUUCAUGAAAGUGGUCAUGCUUUAGUAGCCAUCCACACAGAUGGGGCUCAUCCAGUUCACAAAGCAACAAUAGUUCCACGAGGAAUGUCUGCUGGAAUGGUAGCUCAAUUGCCUGACAAAGAUGAGACUAGUGUUUCUCGCAAACAAAUGCUUGCUAAAUUAGAUGUUUGCAUGGGUGGUCGAGUAGCGGAGGAAGUUAUAUUUGGAGUAAAUGAAGUUACUACUGGUGCACAUUCAGAUUUCCAACAAGCAACAUCUUUAGCCAGAAAGAUGGUCACAAUAUAUGGAAUGGGCGAAAAAAUUGGGUGCGUCACUCACAGUUAUGAUGAUGAUGGCAAGAGUAUGAGCAGUAAAACUAGACUUCUCAUCGAAAAGGAGGUGAAAGGGUUCUUGGACAGGGCUUACAAUAACGCGAAAACAAUCCUGUCUACUCACAUCAUAGAACUCCACGCACUAGCUAAUGCCCUGCUUCUGCAAGAAACACUCACAGGAAGUCAGAUCAGUGAUUUACUUGCCCGAGUCGGUAAAAAGCAAAUUCUGCCUUCUCCCGUGGAUGCGUCUCAGCCUGUUUUGAACGAUUCAAAGAAGAAAAAUUUCAACCCAAAGCGGGGUCUUCGCAUUAAACGCCUAGGGUGAGCUCGAAGAUGUUAUCUUCUCUACUCUUAGUAUAUUUAUUUUUCCAUUGUUAGUCUUUAUUCUUGGAGGUUUAAAACUUUUACAUUUUGCUUGUUUCCUGUUGAAUUCCAUUCAUGUUGUCAUGUUUGCGUAAAUUCAGAGGCGAACAAGGAGCACAGAAAUAUUUAAUGUCAGUAACCUUAUAAUUUAGAGUAGAAUUAAGAAAUGAAUAUUUGCACCUGUUGAACCAAAA